AUGGCUCCCGGUCAUGAAGCGAGAGGUAGUCCGCCACGCGUCAUCAAACGGGAAACCAGAGAGGACGGGACAGAGAGAGGCAGGCGGCGCGAACGAUCGGACGACAAGGACCUGGACGCUCGUGGUGAUGCCGCGAACGGCGAAGAUGCCAAGGGGGCCUCAUCUCACUCUGAUGGACCCUCGCGCAAAAGAAGAAGAAGCAGAAAAGGGUUGGAUAAGAAAUUUGAAUGUCCUCACGAGGGCUGCGGGAAGAGCUAUUCCCGUGCCGAGCACCUCUACCGUCAUCAACUCAACCACACCCCGAAGCAGAUCUAUUCUUGCGACUUUCCAGAUUGCAAUCGCACUUUUGUUCGUCUGGAUCUGUGCAACCGCCACAGAGAUCGCCAUACCGCAAAGGGGUCUAUCCUCGGCCGCAAAGAUUCCACCGUCAGCCAUGCAUCGCCUACUACCGACCGCGCCCCUUUCGCAGCGCCGGGAUCUGCAUCUCCUGAGGCUAACCGGCCCGGCACAGGCUACCACAAUGCUCGGCCUGCACCCAUGCAGUAUCAGCAGAAGGACGCCGGUGGUAGUCCCUACACACAGCAUGCCCAUACGCCUCCGCCAUAUGCAGCGAUGACGACCCAUUCGAACGGCAUGGACGGGUUCAUGCAACACGAGAAUACCUACGGAAAUAUGCAAAGUCAUUCAAGUUCCCAAUCCGCCUCUGGGCCGUCCCGUCCCACGGUCCAGACAAGCGGACCGUACAUGUCUCCAGUUUCUAACCAGCACACCUAUCAGAAUCAGCAUCACAAUACCACUCCGCAGUCGACGUUCGUGAGCCAGCAGAACUUCCCUCCGUUCAACCUACCCCCUUCGGAGUUCUCUAGUAGCACCGGAAACCUGAACCGUGAUAGCGGGCAGCAGUACGCCCCCUCGACGCCUGCCGAAUAUACCGACCAGGCGCCGCACCAGUCCGGCGAGAUGAUGCUAUUGGAUCAGAUGUCCAUGCCCGGCACGAUUCCUGUCUUUGGCAGCGAUGGCGUUCUGAGCAAAUCUCCUCAUAUUGCCAUCCCCGAAGAUUUUGUGGCAUACCUGUUUAAUACGCAGCAAGGGGACGGGUCACCUAUUCCUGGCCAGAUGCUACCUCCGGGGUACGGCAGCAACGAUUACUCCACCCAGUACAGUGUUCCUUACCUUGGGACUGAUAGCAGCGCCAUGGGAUAUUUCCCAAGUGGCCCUCACCAGGUCAUGGCGGUCACCAACCUGCUCGACCAAAAUCUUCCGGAAGCGACCAUCUCAGAAGAAAAGAGUCAAGAAAUCUACGAUCUCAUCAACCAGAGGUUCGACGACACGGACCAGGCACCAGCGCUUCGACAACGAGAAAACAUAUUGGAAGGAGACCGCUCUGAUAGCAAUCAUAUGCUGAGCAAGAGGAUGAUGCAAGCAUACAUUGGGUCGUACUGGGUGCACUUCAGCGACCAGGUGCCGAUUCUCCACAAGCCGACCUUCUCCCCCGACCGAACACCGAAUCUGCUUCUGCUAGCCAUGAUGACGAUCGGGGCCUCGUGCUUGGACAAGACACACGGACAGCAGAUCACGAAGGCCGGUGCGCAGCUUUCCAACUUCUUGGCUUGGCAUAUCAGGUGGGAGAUCUUCAUGGACGUGAACUUCCGGCCGCCGGCGAAACUCUGGGUAUUCCAGACACUGUUGCUUCUUGAGCUGUACGAGAAGAUGUAUUCGACUAGAGAGCUGCACGAACGCGCACAUAUCCACCACGCCACGACUAUUACCCUAAUGCGCCGCGGCAGGUCGCUCAUUGGAAAGUCGGCAUUAGACACGCCUCCCAACCCGCGAGACGAUAAGACGAACGGAUCCCGCCAAUCCUCCACGUCCACGAGCGCGCAUACGCCAGACGAGUGGUGGAGCAACUGGAUUACCAACGAGGCCACGCGCCGGUGCGCUUUCGCGGCGUUCGUGAUCGACUCGAUUCAUGCGACCAUGUUCGGCCACUCGACGGUGAUGGUGACGCACGAGAUGCGGCUACCGCUGCCAUGCGACGAAUCAUUGUGGAAAGCCACGAGCGGACAAGAAGUGGCAAGGCUCGAGUCGAACCUGCAUUCCAACGGGGUCAAGCCGGUCUCUUUCCUAGAAGGCCUGAAGCGAACGCUGAGCCACCAGGAAGUGCAGACCAACUCGUUCGGUCGGACGAUCCUCAUGGCGGGACUCCUGAGCGUCAGCUGGCACAUGAACCAGAGAGAUCUCCAGGUCAACGUGCUGGGAGGCGGCGUGUCACAGGCACUAGGCGGACGCGACAAGUGGCGCGGGACGCUGACACGGGCCUUCGAUGCGUGGAAGAAAGACUUUGACAAAUCGCUACAGCGGAGCGAGGGCUCUGCGGAUCCGUACCGGUUCGAUCUGGCGAGAAAGAACGAGGCGAACGUGGUGUUCGAGAGCCGGACGGUGCUCCACCAUCUUGCGCACAUGGCGAUGCACGUCGACAUUGUCGACUGCCAAAUUUUCGCCCGGGCGAAGCGGUUGCUGGGACGCGCCAUCGGCCCGCAGGACCUCAACAGCGCGCAAAGACGGAUGCGGGACUCGUGGGCGCCGUCAGCCAAGGCACGGGAUGCGACGUGGUACGCGCUCCGGUUUCUCUGCUCGGUGCUCAUGCCGGACGACGAGGGAGGGUCGCCGGGCUCGAAUGGAUACAGCAAUGAGCUCCCGUACAUGGCACGGGAUGACGUGCUGCUCAACAGGCCGUGGGUGCUCUACUUUGCGGCGCUCGUUGUUUGGUGCUACGGGUUCGCUCUCGAAGGGCCGUGUCCGGGUGCGCCUGUCCCGACGACACAGCACGAAAAGCUGCGGCUCAUGCGCGAGUACCUGAUCGAGUACGGCAGCGCGGAGACUCCUGAGCACCUUAAGAACAAGAAAGGGAUCAACGCGAACACGGCGUUGCUCAUGGUGCUGAAGGACGGGUUUGAGACGACGCGCUGGGAGCUCCUCCACGAGGGAGCGACCCUCAUUAGCAACUGUAUUCAUCUCAACGCCGGGGCAACGGUGUAG